UCCAUCGAAUGAAGACUUGGACUAUGAGCCUCUGAGCUGGAUUACGAGUUGGAGAUAGAUCAGUUUCUGGACGAACUAGAUGACGAUGAAGACUUAAUGGAAGUGGAGGAUUAUGGGCUCAUUCGCCCAAUCAGACACAUACUUCAUAAGGUUUUGAAAACAGUUCGUGGCUCCAAGUGCGUUUUCAAAGGAGUUGUUGAUAUUCUGUAUUCCUGUACUAAUUUUGUGGAUGCUGUGGAAUCCUGCUGAGGUGGUGGAGGUUCUUUGUAAAAAAAAAGUGAACUUUGAUGGCUUCUGCAACGUUGCCGCCCAUUUCCUCGAGGAGGAGGACGCCGAGGCCACUCAGAAGCAGCUGAAGGAGGCGUUCCGUCUGUACCAUUGCGAGGGCAAUGGUUACAUCACCACCUCCACCCUCAAGGAAAUCCUCGCCGUCCUGGACGACAAGUUCUCCUCCAGCGAUCUGGACGGCAUCAUUGCUGAGAUCGAUAUUGAUGGCUCCGGAACAGUGGAUUUUGAUGGUGGGUUUUAAAUAUUUUAUAUUAUACUUUCCUUUUCAAAUACCGAUCCGUAUAUUUGGUUUCAGAAUUCAUGGAAAUGAUGACAGGCGAUUGGAGGAACCACUGACACAAUGAAAUAAAACACCAAUACAGAAGAAGCUUUUAGGUUUAAUAAUAAUUUUUUAUUAUUUUUAAAUAAAUUAACUAAACGCUUUAAUACAAACUUUAGUUAUUGUGGUCUGCGCGCAGUAAUAAUGAAACAAAAAAAACUGAAAGAUCGACUUAAAUAUCUAUUUAGUGUAUAUAGUUUA